CUAGCGUGCCGUGCACUGGCACGUUAUUCAACACUGUACCGCAGAAUUUGGCUGAGCGUGCUGCUGAAUUUAAUAAACAAUUAAUAAUUUGCUGUAGCUAACGAAAAAUAAGGCAUCAAAAUGAACGCACCGCCGACCUUCGAGUCAUUUCUGCUCUAUGAAGGCGAGAAAAAAAUCAUCAAGGAAUUGGACACCAAAGUGACCAACGCGGCUAUAUUCACCAUAAACAAGGAGGAUCACACGCUGGGAAACAUGAUCCGCAACCAACUGCUGAAGGAUCCCAAUGUCUUGUUUGCCGGCUACAAGGUUCCCCAUCCUCUGGAGCACAAGUUCGUUAUCCGCAUCCAGACGACGGCCGAUUACUCGCCGCAAGAAGCCUUCAUGAAUGCCAUUACCGAUCUUCUAGCAGAAUUAUCUCUCUUCGAAGAGCGUUUCAAAGACGCCAUCAAGGAGAAGAAGGAGGGCGGCGAUUAAACAUAUAAUUACCAAUAAAUUCCUUAGACUUAUGAAAACCCAAUAAAACUAUGGACGACUCUUCUUCCACA